CGUUGCCCUCCACCUCGGUGGUCACCUCUCGCCCCUAUCAGCUAUCGCCGUCCUAUCUCCAUCUUGCUCCACUACACGCACCACGGCGAGAGCGCCUUGCUCCCACUUGUGUGUGGUCGAUUUACAGCUGGGUUGAAAUCUCUUGAUUCGUUGUUGGCUAAUCAGUUUGUGGGGGGAGAAAGUUUGAGGCUUGAGCUGUUGCAGCGUUGAGGAGGAGGAGGAGGAGCAAUGGCGCUCACGGCGUUCUCCAUUCCUAGGGGCUUCGUCGGCGCGCUGCCGCAGGAGGGGCAUUUCGCUCCGGCGGCGGCGGAGCUCUGUCUCCACAAGCUCCAGACCAGGCCACCCAAGCAGCCUAGGCGGAGAUCGUCGUGCAUCUCGGCGUCGCUGUCCACGGAGAGGGAGGCCGCGGAGUACCACUCGCAGCGGCCGCCGACGCCGCUGCUGGACACAAUCAACUUCCCGAUCCACAUGAAGAACCUGUCCAUCAAUGAGCUCCAGCAGCUCGCCGACGAACUCCGCUCGGACGUCAUUUUCCACGUCUCCAAGACCGGCGGCCACCUCGGGUCCAGCCUCGGCGUCGUGGAGCUCACCGUGGCGCUGCACUACGUGUUCAACACGCCGCAGGACAAGAUCCUCUGGGACGUCGGCCACCAGUCAUACCCGCACAAGAUCCUGACGGGGCGACGCGACAAGAUGCCGACGAUGCGGCAGACCAACGGCUUGUCGGGAUUCACCAAGAGGGCGGAGAGCGAAUACGACUCCUUCGGCACCGGCCACAGCUCCACCACCAUCUCCGCCGCGCUCGGGAUGGCGGUGGGGCGGGACCUGAAGGGAGGGAAGAACAACGUGGUGGCGGUGAUCGGCGACGGCGCCAUGACUGCUGGGCAGGCGUACGAGGCGAUGAAUAACGCCGGGUACCUCGACUCCGACAUGAUCGUGAUACUCAAUGACAACAAGCAGGUGUCGCUGCCGACGGCGACGCUCGACGGGCCGGCGGCGCCGGUGGGCGCGCUCAGCAGCGCCCUCAGCAAGCUGCAGUCCAGCAGGCCACUCAGAGAGCUCAGGGAGGUGGCCAAGGGCGUGACGAAGCAAAUCGGAGGGUCGGUGCACGAGCUGGCGGCGAAGGUGGACGAGUACGCCCGCGGCAUGAUCAGCGGCUCCGGCUCGACGCUGUUCGAGGAGCUCGGCCUCUACUACAUCGGCCCCGUCGACGGCCACAACAUCGACGACCUCAUCACCAUCCUCCGGGAGGUCAAGAGCACCAAGACCACCGGCCCGGUGCUCAUCCACGUCGUCACCGAGAAGGGCCGCGGCUACCCCUACGCCGAGCGAGCCGCCGACAAGUACCACGGCGUGGCGAAGUUCGAUCCGGCGACGGGGAAGCAGUUCAAGUCGCCGGCGAAGACUCUGUCCUACACAAACUACUUCGCGGAGGCGCUCAUCGCCGAGGCGGAGCAGGACAGCAGGGUCGUCGCCAUCCACGCCGCCAUGGGGGGCGGCACGGGGCUCAACUACUUCCUCCGCCGCUUCCCGAACAGGUGCUUCGACGUCGGGAUCGCCGAGCAGCACGCCGUCACGUUCGCCGCCGGCCUUGCUUGUGAGGGGCUCAAGCCGUUCUGCGCUAUCUACUCCUCCUUCCUUCAGAGAGGCUACGACCAGGUGCGCCUCGAUCGAUCGAUCUCUGCUUUUAUAUACGCCAUUGUUGACGACGCCACCGUUGCCGGUGCUGCGGUGCAGGUGGUGCACGACGUGGACCUCCAGAAGCUUCCGGUGAGGUUCGCCAUGGACAGGGCCGGGCUCGUCGGCGCCGACGGGCCGACCCACUGCGGCGCGUUCGAUGUCACCUACAUGGCGUGCCUACCGAACAUGGUGGUCAUGGCUCCGUCCGACGAGGCCGAGCUCUGCCACAUGGUCGCCACCGCCGCGGCCAUCGACGACCGCCCCUCCUGCUUCCGCUACCCAAGAGGCAACGGCAUCGGCGUCCCGCUGCCACCCAACUACAAAGGCGUUCCCCUCGAGGUUGGCAAAGGGAGGGUACUUCUGGAGGGCGAGAGGGUGGCGCUGCUGGGGUACGGGUCGGCGGUGCAGUACUGCCUGGCCGCCGCGUCGCUGGUGGAGCGGCACGGCCUCAGGGUGACCGUCGCCGACGCCAGGUUCUGCAAGCCGCUGGACCAGGGGCUCAUCCGGAGGCUGGCCAACUCCCACGAGGUGCUCCUCACCGUCGAGGAAGGCUCCAUCGGCGGGUUCGGCUCUCACGUCGCGCAGUUCCUGGCCCUCGAUGGCCUCCUCGACGGCAAACUCAAGUGGCGGCCGCUGGUGCUACCUGACCGGUACAUCGACCACGGGGCACCGGCGGAUCAGCUGGCGGAGGCCGGGCUGACGCCGUCGCACAUCGCGGCGACGGUGUUCAACGUGCUGGGCCAGGCAAGGGAGGCACUCGCCAUCAUGACGGUGCCCAACGCUUAGCAGGAAGAAAUGCGUCAUGCGUGUGGGCGGUGUGGCCUCACCGGUGUAGUGACACAAAAGAUGCUUGUACAUUUAGUCAUUUAGAUGUGUCAGUGAUUUUGAUUAUUAGCCGGCGCCGGGAUAAUCAGUUACUAGUGAUGCUGAAGAGGGGAGCAAUAUUUACAGUUUCUGAUCAUUACUCUGACUCGUUUCGAUCAAUUGUUCGUGGACGAACCCGCCCGUUCGAUCUCUGGUAUAUCUAAGAAAUGUUGUAAGUGGAUAGAUAUAUUGGUAAGGAUUAAUUAGUUGGGUGUCAAGAAACAUCAAACCGCUAUUCUACAGGAAGUAGCUAUGUAGUAGCAACAGUCAUCGUUGCACUGUGUCUGUCAUGUUUUCAAUCAAGUAUGCAAUACCGAGCAUGGUUCAUGCACGGCAUUCUGGUUGAUUCUGUUCGACUGUUCGUCUGUGAUAGCGUCAUUAGCAUCAGGACACAUGUGCAG